CCACAAAACUCGGUGAGGAAAAAAAAAAAAAGAAGAAAAGAACACGUACCUUAAUUUCGCAAAAUCAACCAAAGACAGAGAAAAAAUCCAAAGAGUAAAAGGAACAGAAGAGAAAGCUUGAAGCUAUGGGGAACACCAUGGGAAGGAGUAAAAAGACCAAGGUGAUGAAGGUGGAUGGAGAAACGUUCAAGCUGAAGACUCCAGCGAGAGCAAACGACGUCGUAAAGGACUACCCCGGUCACGUUUUGCUGGACUCCGAAGCGGUGAAACAUUUCGGGCUUCGGGCCAAACCCUUGGAGCCAUACCAGGAAUUGAAGCCCAAAAAGAUUUACUUUCUCGUUGAGUUACCGAAGAUUCAGCCCGAAGAGGAAAAAACGGCGCUACCGAGGAGGGUGCGAUCCAGUGGGAUACGCGGCAUGAACGCCUCGGAUAGGCUCGAGCUUCUCAUGCUCUCCAAACGCUCCGUUUCGGACCUCCCUCUCGCCAGGCAGGGCCCGAAGAUGGGCUCCGAUGGGCCCAUGAGGGUCAAGAUGAGGCUCCCCAAGGCCCAUUUGGACAAGUUGAUGGAGGAGAGCACCGACGGGUCCGAGGUGGCGGAGAAAAUCAUGAGUUUGUAUGUGGGAACCAAUGCCGGCGAGGGUGGUGGCGUUGCGGCGGUGGCGGAGGAAGGUGGCGCAAAGACGGUGUACAAUCACAAACCACGUGGGAAACGAGUGAGUUUUAGCCCAAUGGAAAAUGAAGAAAUUCAUGUAGUAGGAGCUGCUCAAUAGUUACUAUAGUCAAUAAGGGUACUUUCUUCCUUGUAAUUAUUUAAGUAGAAGCAAAAUCGUGACCAAGGGAAGAACUCAGAAGCAAGAGGCAAGGCAGAGCAAUAACACCCUCAUAGUUUCGUUCUGGUGCUUCUGAAGUAUGUUAAUUUUGUUCUGUAAUGUGUAGCCUACUUCACUAUGAGAGCUUAGAUAUGUAUAUACAUGCAUUUAUUUGUAGUGAUAUGGUUAGAAGAUUAUUGCUUCGAAUUUUAUCCUCA